AGCAAGAACAACAAGAUGAUGCAGUACCUCGGCUACCGCAUGAGGGUAAUUUUGCAGGACAGUCGCACGUUCAUUGGCACAUUCAAAGCGUUCGACAAGCACAUGAACAUCAUUCUCUCAGAAUGUGAAGAGUUUCGAAAGAUCAAGGGCAAGGGAACCAAGGGAAUUGAGCGUGAAGAGAAGCGAGUACUGGGCUUUGUUUUGCUGCGAGGGCAAAACAUUGUCUCGCUGACGGUUGAAGGACCUCCGCCGCCUGAUGAAGGCAUCUCCCGGGUGCCCCUUGCAGGAACCAUUCCUGGUCCUGGCCUGGGCCGUGCCGCUGGCCGAGGCUUGCCUGCAGUGGCUGUCCCGCCCAUUGUUGGCGCUCCGCCGGGCUUACAAGGCCCUGUUCGUGGCGUCGGUGGACCAGCUCCCGCCGCCAUGGCUCCACAAGGUCGAGGUCUUCCGCCUGCACCUCCAGGCAUGCGACCAGGAAUGCCACCGCCCGGUCUCGGACUUCCUCCAGGUAUGCCUCCGCCGCCACCAGGCAUGCCAAUGGGUCGUGGAAUGCCUCCAGGAGCUCCGCCGAUGGUUCCUCCGCCCGGGAUCAGACCGCCUCCUCCGCCAGGCAUGAUGCGUCCUCCGCCUCACCCACCUAUGUAA